CAGCUGUGAACACGAAAGCGGAGUUUGAAUACUAAUCUGGAACUUCUGGAGAAACAGAAUGCAGACCCACAGCCCGUCAGCCAGUCUGACUUAAAGUGUGAACGUUAUGUCCCGUCCACCCGAGCUUGAGGAGGAGCAGGUCGAGCUUGAGGAGGAAGAGGUAAUUAGUGGUAUUGGUGAGGGCGACGAGGUUAUGGAGGAAGUUGAAGAAGGUUACAGUGCGUAUCAAACCUAUCAUUCAUUCCGGACUUCAUAAGUUGUAACUUUCUUUGCGCGUUUUUUUGGAGUUGGAGAAAUCUAUCGACAGCUCGCUAACUUACUCCAUGUUCAUUUUCAGCAUCAUCUACUCCUACAUCUACCCUUACGUGGAUUAGCUGGUUUUGCUCACUGCCUGGCCACGAGUACUUCUGUGAAGUCUCGGAAGAUUUUAUCGAGGAUGAUUUCAACCUCACCGGCUUGAAUGCCAUGGUACCAUUCUGGAAGGAAGCAAUGGAGAUGGUGUUGGACGUGGAGCCUGACGAAGAUUCCUCAAAAAUACCCGACGUGUCAAUCGUCGAAGCAUCAGCUGAACUAUUGUACGGUCUAGUACAUCAACGUUAUAUACUGACGCGUGCUGGAUUGCAAGCAAUGGUUGAUAAGUAUGAAAAUGCCCUCUUUGGCGUCUGCCCGCGUGUAUAUUGCAUGGGCUGCAAUGUAGUUCCUUCCGGUCGUUCUGAUCUUCCCGGUCUUGACACAGUCAAACUUUUCUGUCCAAAUUGCAAUGAUAUCUAUGCACCACCGAGCAGUCGUUUCCAAGGGGUCGAUGGGGCCUUCUUUGGAACGACAUUUGCACACCUAUUUUUCCAGAGUUAUCGUGAACUUGCCCCAGCGCCGUUCUACAAACCUUCGUCAUCCCCCGGAUCAUCUAUGUCUCCCGGGCGCUCGCCACACAGUGGCUCGGGUAGUAGUUCUUCGCGACCUUCACCCUUUAUCAAUCCAAAUCCGCAUGGGGGGCAGAAACGCCCUGCCGGCCAUCUUUAUCAACCACGAAUAUAUGGUUUCAAAGUCAGUGAACGGGCCAAGACUGGACCCCGGAUGCAAUGGUUACGGGUGAGACCGGAGAGCCCAGAUGAAUUGGAUAUGGUAGACUGGAGGGGUCGGUGGAUAGAUGACGAUGAGUAUGAUGAGGAGGAGGACAUUGAUGAGGACGAUCGGCUAAUGGAAGACUUUGAUGCGGAAACCAUUGAAGACGAUGAAGAGGAGGAGGAGGAGGAAGAAGAAGAGGAAGAGGAAGGAGGCUCGCGGAGGCACCUAAUCCGAGGUGAGCAAUACGCCGAUUCACCCCGGCCACCCACACCCAUCCACCUCCCCUCUUCCGCGCGGACAUCGCCGACGUCC